AGAACAAUCAUAUUUAGUAGGCUCUAGGCUGCAUUACGUUUCUCCAACUGCUUUUCUUAAAAGUUCUGUAAAAUGGAUGAAUCCAGAAAAUCUGGUACAAACCAGUUAAAACCGCAUAAUCAUCCUGCUCAAUUGACCAGAAUGAGUCUCAAUGACAACAAAGCUGGAAUGCAAGGAUUGGAUAAAGAAAAAAUAAACAAAAUUAUAAUGGACAACACAGUUGGUUCACGGUUUUACAAAAAUGAACAAAAGCGAGAGCAACAAGUGAAUGCAAGAAUUCAAAAAAUGAAAGAAAAGUUAAAUUCUUUUACAUCCAAUCAAAUCAUGACAGCAAAACAACAUGCCGAAGAAAUCUUAUCGGAGGUUGAAAACCAAAGAGAUUUGUCUCGUACCAUAAUCCAUAUUGAUAUGGAUGCUUUUUAUGCAGCUGUGGAAGAGAGGGACCGACCUGAAUUGAAACAGAAACCAAUGGCAGUUGGUGGAAUGGACAUGCUUUCCACUUCUAAUUACGUUGCAAGAAAGUACGGAGUACGAGCUGCAAUGCCAGGUUUUAUCGCAAAAAAGUUGUGUCCCAAUCUUAUCAUUGUUCCAACUAAUUUUGACAAAUACAGAGAGGUAAGCAAGGAGACACAAGAGAUAUUUUCUGAAUAUGAUGAAAACUUUUGUGGUAUGAGUUUGGAUGAAGCUUUCCUUGACAUUACAGAUCACUUGCAAAAGCGACUUAUUUAUGACCAAGAAGAACGAACUUUUCAUUACCAUCCAACCCUUGCCCCAACAACCACAAGUGAGGAUACAGAUGAUAAGAAAUCGUCAGAAACUUUUGGUUUUUCAGCAGAAGAAGUGGCUAAGGAAAUACGAUUCCGAAUUCAGCAGAAAACUUUGCUCACUGCAAGUGCUGGCAUCGCACCAAACACAAUGCUUGCUAAGAUUGGAAGUGAUUUAAACAAACCAAACGGACAAACCUUUUUUGCUCCAAAUCGAGAUGAAAUAAUGAAGUUUAUUAAAGAUUUUCCAGUCAGAAAGGUCAAUGGAAUAGGAAAAGUGACCGAGCAACUUCUUUCCUCCCUCGGUGUUCAGAAAUGUGGAGAUAUUUAUGAAAUGCGAGCAGAGCUGAUGUUGCUCUUUUCAGCCACCUCGUGCUCCUUCUUCUUCAGGAUGUGUCUCGGAUGUUCCUCCAAUAUCCUGGAACCAGAUGGAGAAAGGAAAAGUAUCAGCACUGAGAGAACAUUCAGUACAAUAUCAAAUCGUGAUGAAUUAUUUGCCAAGCUAGAUGAACUCUGCCAUAGUUUAGCUGCGGAUAUGAAGAAACAAAAUGUCCAGGGAAAAACCUUGACUUUAAAAACAAAGAAUGUUGAUUUUCAGCUUCACACAAGAUCAAAGACGAUAAAUGUUCCAAUGACAAAUUAUCAAACAAUAUUUCCUGUUGCACAGGAACUUCUAAAACAAGAGAUACUUAACGCUAAUAACAAACUAUCAUUGCGGCUGAUGGGUGUUGGAUUAUCAAAGUUGGAAACAGGCACCACCUCAGCUCAAACCUCAAUCCUCAAAUUUUUUGCCGGGAAUACGAAACCUCAAAGUUGCGACAAAACAUUGUCUGCUCAAACAAGUUCUUCCCGUGAUCAUGAAUGUUCAAAUCACGAACCUUGUGAUGAAAACCAUGAAGAUGGCGAUCCUGUGAAGCAGGAAGAUAUGAAAAAUGAAUUACUUCAAGUUGAAACUUCCAAUACUGAUAUAGAAACAUUUCCUUGCCCUGCGUGUGGUACUGAGCAAGUUAAAACUACAUCAUUACUUAAUCAGCAUUUAGAUGCUUGCUUGUCUUCAGAUAAAACUUUUCAACAACCAGAAAUAAAAAGCUCUUCAAAUUUUCCAGAAACUUCUAAUUCACCACGUAAUACUGCUAACUCAAACUUAGCGAAUUCAAACUCUUCUUCCAAAAUGUUAGAUGAUGCUUCAUUCUCAUGCCCAAUAUGUUGCGCCAGUUUUCAGUCUUCAAAAACAACAUUGUAUCAGUUUAAUAACCAUGUUGACUCCUGCUUGAGCCAAUCCACAAUAAGAGAUAUUUUAAAAGAAGAAAAUGGAGAAUCUUUUAAAAAACGAUCACUUGCGAAUCAUAAUAAUAAUGAAAACUUAUCAAAACGUAGAAAAUUAAUUUCCAAAGGCGAUGGAAUUGAAAAGUUUUUUGUUCCACUAUAAAACCUAUAUUUAUGUUGUUUUUUUAAAUAUAUAAAAAAAGUAUUUAUUUCAAAUCUAUAUAAUUUUAAUGUAUUUUCAG